AUGCUCGUUCUGUGCAGUCAUGCGUUCAUUGUUGGGGGACCGACAGUCAGACGAGCUAGCGUCACACGCAGCGAAAGAUUGUCACUUGUGACCAGUCGUCAAAAGGAUCGGCAAAUCCGAGCAAGAGAGAAGAGUGCGGGCCCAUCUUCCGCAGCAAAGCGCACACCCAUCCCACCACGCUCUUCUCACAUUCUCGUCACGGACACCAUCGAUUCACCCGCUCUUUUCGUUCUGAUCCAUUUCCUCCGAGCAUCCCAUGCUGUUAACAGAUUACAUCGCUCCGCAGGUACCUCACCGCAUGCCGACACGAAGGGGAAGAGCAGAGCUCACACCAAGGUCAUUUGGCUGGGAUGUUCUUCGGACGGCAGUGCUCACCUCAACAAUGUGGUACGCAAGUCGUCUGUGCACUUGGACCAAGAGACGCGCGAUGGGGCUUUCAGCUACAUCGAUGCAGGUGCGCAAGCUCUGGCGCCGUUCGAGGACGACAACGUCACUGAUGCUGUCGCCUCGAUGCACGUCAGCGAUGUCGAAUCUACAGCCGAGCAAGUGCUGCAUCGGUUAUACAGUAACGUUGCCGAGCAACUUCAAGAUCCAUCCUUGAUAGCUCACCAGCAGUCGUCAGAGCCAGAUUGGGCUUCGAGAGCUCUCAUUGUGGUGGAUGAUCUGACAGCUUUGGCUUGGGCGCUGGAUUCCCACGAUAUGUCCGGCCACCCCAUCGAUGCACCUCGUCUUCUGACCAACUGGCUCGCUGCUCUCACCUUACUGGCAACGAACAACCACGCGAGCGUCAUCACCCUCAUGCACUCUGACGCAACUUCCAGCAGCAAGGAUGGGGCAUCGGAUCGUUCCGACGAAUCGCUAUUCAGCUCUUUGCUGCAAAGGGCAGAUGUGUGGAUAGAAGUCAAGGAGCUUGCCAGUGGGCGGGCCAGAGACUGCGAUGGCGAGAUCACAGUUCAUCAACUCGUGCGGCCAUCUUUAGCGCGGUCGAUCUCCGCAUCGAAGGCGUCCAAUACCGGUCGAGACCGUGUACAAGGAGAUGUUCCUCCACUUCAAGCGUUUGCUAUCGAGACGCCCUGUCCCAGCCGCGCAAAGGCUGUGCUGUAUCGCAUCGCUCCCGAUGGACAGAGCGCUGCGCUCGGCGGCGCUUCCGUCAGAUCCAACACCGGCCGAGUGCAGAUUUGGGCCCGCGGCACAGGCAGAGGUUUCCUAUAA